CCUGAAGUGUGCAGCUUCCUGGCAACGAUAAGUUGGGAGAACCUUUGCGAUACUCUCUCACCCAUGCGCCAAACCCCCGGGACCACACCUCUUUCGUUGGCUGGUCCACUCCCGUUGCUGCCCGUUCACUUCACCUCCAUCCACGCCCGUCCGUCUCUGCUCGUGUCCUGCCCGCUUCACUAUUUCAACGUGCCGGUCCAAAUUAACCAGGCGGGCUUCGUUUGUCUAACCCCCGUCCUGUCGAACACCCUUCUUUCUUCACCUUUCUCUACGAAACACUCGGUCUCCUGCCUCUUCCAAAGGCCCUUUCUACCUAGACGUAUACCGUUACAUCGAAACAGCCGACACGCUCCAUCCUGAUCAAUCGAGUCCUCUACGAGCCUUCAAUCGAACCGGAGCAUCUACCAUUCAGCAUCGUCCCUAGCGCUUCUCCCGUGACGACAUCACACCCUUCUGCGAUCGCACCCAGAGUCUUUCGCACCCACGUAUCAUAUACGCACCAUCUACGGCCGAUAUCCGUGUCACCAAACUCAGAACUCGCCUCAAUUUCGGCGUCGAGAAUAUUCGACCAAAUACGGAACCUCACAAAGUCAUCCGUCCCUGAGGCAUAGCCGCCUCUGUAUACCAUCGUGCAAAACUAGCAUAAUAUCAUCACCGAAUACUAGCUGCCGCAGUCGAACAACUCGACUGGACUUCGAAAGAAAAAAGCUACCGCGAUACGAAAAGAAUACAAACCUGUGCCUGCUGCCGCUGCUGCCGUCGACGACCUAGUUGGUCUCACCGUGCGAUGUGGCGGGGGAGGAGGACCUCGUGAACUGAAAUCGUAGGGAUCGAGGUCGGAAGAGCCCAUAGCCUUCCUCGACCCGUCAUUCGAACGCGCCUGGAUUCGACAAUAAACCCACGGGCGUGAACAACCUUCCCGAACGAUCCUUACUUCCAACGGCUUUAUCGAUACCCACCAACUGGCGCUCCAAAUCGAUCACCACUUGAUCUCAAGACACUCGCUUGCCGUUGUCCUUCGCUCACACCUUCUGCGGACCUACGUCCCAACGUCCUUCUGAUUCCUAUUUGGUCCGAGCCCUAUACUGAGUUCCACACAACUGCUUUCGGGAAUGGAUCAUCGGUUCCCCAUCACCCGCGACGAUCUCUUCAACAUCCAAAUGGAUUUGAAACAAAUCCAACUGGUUCAGAGUAAUCAGGGCGAGAGACUAAUAAGGCUCGAAAGGCGCCAGGAACAAGAUGCGAGUCUCAAGUCCGUAUGGCAACAGAAUCCUUUCCCUGGCGUCCUUGCCGGAACCCCUCAGCAAGGGCCGACUCACCUCUCACCCAACGACAUGUUUGAUGAUUUCGACGAGCAAGGCCAGCACCUGCUGAGCUCCCUUCACUUAGGACCUGCGGAGGAGGAGCCUACCCGUCGGGGUGCUGCCUCUCGAGCCAACAGCGUACGAUUCGACGAGAGUGCAUUGCGGGGAGCAGCCGACUGGUCUAGUCAGAGCAAUCGCCACUCUGGAGAAUUCGGACCUCCCCGACCAUCCAGCGGGUUGAUGAUGGAGCGGUCCUUGUCCCACAAGUCGGAUGGGCGCCAUAGUUCUGCCGGCCAUUCUGUUCACUCAUUUCACUCUGUGGCAUCUGGGAGGGCGAGCAGUUUGGGCUUGGACACCAACUUCAUGGUCAGCAGCCAUGAAGACGACUCUCCGAUAGACAUGCCGGAGCCUCCACCAGGCCUCUUUUUUCUGGGCUCCGUACCAACCAUCAUCCGAUGUUGGCUUACAACGAGCUUCGCCCACGAUACGGUGUUGUAUGCUGAUCUUUGCACCGGCUCCCAGAAAUCCGUGGUUGACUACUCUGUCCUCAAAGAUCUCGAUCUGCUGGAUGAGAUUCAACACGAUAUGGACGGCACGUACAAAGUUCGACUUCCGGUAUACCUGGUAGAAGCUACUGUUUCCGAACGCAGCAGCCGAUCAUCGAGCCCUGGGCAUUCGAUGCCCUGCCUCCUCGCAACCUUUGAGGUGUCUGGCAUGGAGCAGCCUGAAGGCAUGGAACCGAAGAGGGGCAUUCAGAUUUUCAUUGGCAGCGACACCCUCAGAGCCCAUCAAGCCGAUAUUCUCCUUUCUCAAAACCGCAUGUGUCUCUACGGUAGCGAGCGCGAGAAGUUGUCUGUUCCCUUUGUGCGCCCCGAGGACGAGGCUGCUUUCAAGCACAUAAGCACAAUCAACUUCAUCCCCGAGAAGCCCCGACUCAACGCCAACGCGGCGCCUUUUGUGUCUGGAGACCCACGACCUCAUGCGCCGACAACGCAAAGUGCAUUGGACAGCAGCCUGUCCAGCACACAGCAUGAGGAUGCCGAGUCGCAGGGGCCUCUUUCGCCCAUGGACAAUCACUCUGUACCCAACAAGUCGAUUGGAGCAAGCAACCUGUCUGAAAGUGGCGGGGAGAGUGAACGGCCUGGCAAGGAUACCACCAGCGGGUCCGAAUCGGGGGCAAGAGAGUACCCCACGGCGCACAACAGCUCCACCAGCGGCGAGGGAAACCGGCGCGAGUCUGCGGGCGGCAUAUGGGGCUCAUGGCGGCAGGGCACUUCAGCAAACGGUGCCGAGAACGGGCAACGGGACGCCAACGGCCCGCUAAGCGGAUAUCAGCCCGCCGGGCGGGGAAGCCGGAAUAUGAAGGUGUUGAAGCCCCUGAAAUCGGGUUCAUCAUCCUCUGCCAGAACUGGAGCUGCUUACGAGCCGCCACCAGCACCCAGAACCAGCGGAGAGCAUCGACGCAAGAGUCAGGUUAGUGUGGCGGCAGAGAGCAACCCGCCGACCAGCGUUCGCUGGGAACCCAAGAGGUCAGUCAGCAGCACCACGGUCAACAGCACAACGGAAGUCAAGGCCCCGCGUGAGGCGAAGAAUGCGGGCCCAGCUUUGCCGCGGUCGGCGAACCCUAUCGGCGGUGCGUCGGCUUUCUCUUGGAUGAAUCCGGCUGGUAAGGCGAAGCCCACGGCAACGGCGGAGUGAUUGGAGCGGAGAGAGCGCAAAGCCCCGGUGGCACUGGACGCGAAGGUGGUCGAACUCGGCCAGAGCAGUAAUCUUCUUUUUCUUUGCUUUCACAAUACGACUCCCUCCAGCAUGAAGAGGUGUGACGGCAAGCUUCAAAACAACGCAAGCAAAGCCGACUAGUAGGUAGCCAUGUAGUUUGCCAUGACAGAUGGGUUUCAUGGCACUAAGGCUAGAAAACUCCGCCCAGCGGAAAUCAAAUAACAAAAAUCUAUGAGUUCAAA